AUGGCCGCUUUAACUGGGCUUUGCUGGGGACUCUCUAUUUUGGCUAUGCUGUCAAGGGUACAUAGCCAGCUGCUUUGGAUGACGCUCCGCACCUUCGAUCCAUGGGCGAUUAUCACUUGCGCUCUGCGCGGCUGGGCUGCUCGAAUGUUCUCGCGACAAUCUCUGCACCACGACUCAGCUCACGUAAUAGAGGACAUUGUCGAUUUGCUCGUGAUGCUGGAGUUGUCAGCCCUCAUCAUCCUUGCAGAGGCAGCCGAUGUAGCCAAGCUUACGCAGAAGAUUUUUGUGGCAGCUUGCUUCGUCUACUGCUCGGUCCUUUCUGCUGGGCCCAUGUUCUUAUCAAACCUCCCCAACUGGGAUCCAGAUGCAAGCCUUCAAUUCCUUUUUUUUGCAUCAAUGACGCCAAAGAGUCAAUUUAUCAGCGCCUAUGGCACCAUGGCAGUGCUCUUGACGAAGGCGGCGGUGAGCAUGAUUUUGCAGAAGCAUGAUUUUAUGUUUCUGAGAUGUCACUUCGAAUAUUGCCUGGAUCAGCUCGAUACCUCCUUUGCAAAACUGGCUGCAACAGACCCUUCCUGCAUCUACUAUUCGGACUUUCGUCGCGCUCUGCAGGAACUUGGGGUGUCCGACAGCCAUAUCUUUGCUGGUUUCAACACCUUGGACAUGCAUCAGACAGGGCGCGUCACCCUGCCGAACUUCCGGCGCUGUCUGAAGGAUGUGUUCACGGAAGCCCCGGACUCUUCCCAUGCAACGUUGCUCGCCAAGUUCUGCCAGGAGGCGUUCUGCAAUGUUUCUGGAUAUGGCUCCCUCGACAGUAUGUUGGGCUUGGUCUUGAGCCAAUGGCGAAGGAUGAAGAUGAACGAGUUUGGUCAGCUUUUGUACCACUACUUGAUGCAAGAUCCCGGGGUGGAGCGGCUCUUUCGCACCGCGAGCUUUAGAACCCAAUCUUUGCUCUUUGCAUCAUUUGUUCAAGUUGGCCUUGGUGGGCUUGAGGAGAAGGACUUUCGGCGUGUGGAGCGAGAUAUGAUGUCCCUGGGAAUGCGGCAUGUAAGUUACGGCGUCCAUCCAAGCCACCUCUGUAUAUUUCAGUUGGCGCUCUUACGUGCACUGUCCAACCGACUCAAAGGCCUUCCCGCAGAUGCCGAGAUGGCCUGGUCAGUUGUCUGGCUGCAUUUCAUUGCGGCCCCCUUUACGCAAGGGCUCCUUAGCAUGGUGGAUACUGACAAGAAGACGGUGACCAACACGGUGCGGGAUAUUUUGCAGCAAGCUACCUGCCACAAAGCCUUCAUCCCCAGCCUGGCCGCCAACUUGAACAACGUGCCGGGAGGUGAACCCAACUGGAGCGAGUCUGUCUUCCGGGAUGCAGGACAUGAGUUAAGCCACAUGGUGAUACUAGUCUCCUUUAUUCAGGACACGGCAGAAAAGCUGUAUGCUGGCGAGCUGCUCAGCGCCCGGCAGAGGCUUCGGCAAGUUGCCUCGAUUCACUGGGACCGUGGCGUAUUUCCAAGGCACAUGCUCACGUUCCAGCAUGCGGCUACAAUGACGUUGCGUGAAAUUCUUGGUCCGGAGGUGUUCACUAGCCAUGCAGAGACCAUGUGGGCUCUCUUCUUCCAAGUCGAGGUCUUGGAUGUUCUUCUCCUGGCACCCUUUGCUGAGACGCAAGACAAGGUGGAAGGCUGGGCGCUGAACUGCCACAAGCACUUUGUGGACAAAGAGUCCUGGCAGUCUUUGAUGAAAGUGGCUGCCAUUGAUCGAGACCUUGCUCUGAAAGGGUAUCAGCGCUUGUGUGCUGAGAGCGGGAAGGACAUUGACAAGUUAUGUGUCGACGAUGUUGUCAAGACAUUCUGUGAUGAAAGCAUGCAGCAUCCUUCCUGGACUUUCGACCGCGUCGUUCAGAACUAUUGCACGACACCGCCAGCUGUGGCCCUGUUGGAGUAA